GUGUGCGAGAGCGAGAGGGAGAGAGAGGGUGUAUUUUAGAGCGCGAGAGAGGGAGAGAGAGGGAGAGCGAGAGGGAGAGAGAGGGUGUGUGGAAGAGCGAGAGGGAGAGAGAGGGUGUGUGGAAGAGCGAGAGGGAGAGAGAGGGUGUGUGCGAGAGCGAGAGAGAGAGGACCGAAAGGACACGCCGGUUCAGAAUGGAAGUCACCGAUUUUCUGUCCAUUGCUGACAUCUCCAGCGCGCUCAAGGAGUGUCAAGCCAAAGAGUCCUUUAACUGCAAAAAGUUCUUCCGGACCUGUGGCCUGUCUAAAAAAACCGCCGAAGAAAUCAGGAAAGUUUUCAGGGCCAUUGACGACGACAACAGCGGUUUUAUCGAAGAAGAUGAAUUAAAAUACUUCCUGCAACGGUUCUCUGCCGGGGCGAGAGUCCUAAGUGACAACGAGACCAAAAUUUUUAUGGCUGGAGGCGACAAAGAUGGAGAUGGGAGGCUUGGGGCUGAUGAAUUUGUUGACCUAGUAAUGUCAUAGAUCCCCCAACCCCCAGGAUGGCGUUGCUUCUGGCAUUUGAAGGCAAGGGUACAUUAAAUACAAAGCAACUGUUUUCGUGACUACAGCAUGAACAACACUUUUCUGUUGUGAUGAAGGGAUUGUAGCAGCACUCAGAGAUUCAGAGGUAGCCCACGAUUUGAGUAAUGCAUGCUCUCUAAGGGAAGAUUGUCUUUAGAAGAUUGUAAUCAAUAAUAAAAAGAAAACUUGCCUUUUA